UCUCCUCCGGGCCUUGGUAUGCCCCAGGGGACAGAUGUCCUGGGAUCUUUAACAUUUGGGAUGCUGCAAAUGCCGAAGUUAAAUGAAAUACCUCCGGGGAGGGAAGGCCGGGGGGUGGCUCGGGGAAAGGGACGAGGGCCUGGACCCCCGGGGCCUGAAGCCGCGAGGCAGGACCGGGGGGCGCGGGGGCAGGCGGGCGGCGCCGGAGCUCCAUGGGACAGCUGGGUAAACUCCAGGCCACCUGCACGUCCUGGCCCAGGUUGGGAACGGUGUCACCCCUCCCUGAUCUGUGCCCCCUCCUCCCAGAAGUCCACCAUGGAGAGUAAGGAUGAGGUCAGCGACACCGACAGUGGCAUCAUCCUGCAGUCUGGCCCCGACAGCCCGGUCUCCCCAGUGAAGGAGCUGACCCACGCGGUGCGCAAGCAGCAGCAGGCCCUCGAGGAGCGGCUGGAGGCCUGCCUGGAGGAGCUGAGGAGGCUGUGCCUGAGGGAAGCGGAGCUGACGGGGAUCCUGCCAGCAGAGUACCCCCUCAGACCAGGGGAGAAGGCCCCCAAGGUCCGCCGCAGGAUUGGAGCAGCCUACAAACUGGACGAGCAGGCCCUGCACAGAGAGGACCCCCUGAGCAGCCUGGAGUGGGAGCUGGCCCUGCAGCUGCAGAUCGCCGAGGCGGCGCGGCGGCUGUGCCGGGAGGAGAAUGUGGGCAGGCAGGCCCGCCGGCAGCGGAAGCUGGCCCUGCUGCAGGAGGAAGAGAAGCUGCGCGCGCUGGAGCGCUGCCUGGGCGAGCAGCGGUGCCACAGCGGGCCCCCUCCCGCCACCCCGCUCCCCCUGGGCCGAGAGCUCAGUGCCUCCGAUGACAGCUCCCUGUCGGAUGGGCUGCUCUUGGAGGAAGAGGAAUCCCAAGUGCCAAAACCUUCCCCGGAGUCCCUGGCUCCACUCUCCCGGCCUCUCCCGCCCCAGAGCCUCGAGGGGCUGCAGCCAGCAGGACCUGAGACUGGGGGCCUGGAGCGGGCCCCGAUCCAGAACAGCCCCUGGAAGGAGACCAGCCUGGAUCACCCCUAUGAGAAGCCCAGGAAGUCUUCUGAACCCAACAGCGAGUCCAGCAGCCCAGCCAGCACGCCGCAGGGGGGGCCCAGCGCCUCCAGCCCGUGGCUACUGGAGCCCGCCUCCUACCACGUGGUUCCCGUCCGCAGCAUUCCCAGCCAGCGGCAGGGCCGCACCAGUGCUCCAGCCACCCCCGAGAUGCAGGGGAGGAGGGGCCAGUCGCAGUCUCUGAGGGUGGAGUCCUUCCGGGCGGGUCCCGAGGGCCGGGGGCGCAGCGCCUUCCCCCGCCGCCGCCCCACCCACUACACGGUGACAGUGCCGGACUCCUGCUUCCCCCGGACCAAGCCCCCACUGCCCCAGGCCGCCUGCCACUCCUGCUCGGAAGACAGCGGCUCGGACGUGUCCAGCGUCUCUCACCCCACCUCGCCGGGCAGCAGCAGCCCCGACGUCUCCUUCCUGCGGCCGCUCUCCCCACCCGAGCUGCCUCGCCUGCGCAUGGCCUGGGGCCCGGGGGGCAGCAGGGAGCUGGCUGCCCCCUCGCCCAGGCUGCUGCUACCCCCCGGCUGUGUCCCGGUCGCACGCUACGUGCUGGUGGCCCAGAGCCACCUGCCGGGCGAGUGGCAACUGUGCGGCGCGGGGCGGGGCCCCAGCGACGACGAGGAGGGGGCGCCCCUGCGCUGCCAGUGGCUGGUGCCCCCCCGCAGCCGCCUGGUGCGGACGCCCUCGCUCAAGGACAGCCCAGCCGGCCGAGGGCUCAGCAGGGCCGCCGUGACCGAGGAGCUCCGCAGCUGGCACGAGCGCGCACGGCUCCGCAGCGCGCGCCCGCACUCGCUGGACCGCCAGGGGGCCUUCCGCGUGCGCAGCCUGCCCACUGGCAGAGAGGGCCUCGGGCGAGCUCCGGGUGCCCGGACGCAGGUACGGCCGCGAGAGGGUCACCAGGCCUGCCAGCUGGGAACCGCUGCGGUCCCAGCAGGUCCAAGCGUAGAGGGACAUCACACCAGCAGGCUGGUGGCCGGCUAACCCCCAG